AUGCGCAUAUGGCAGAGCUUCCCACGGUCUUUCAGACUGGGUUUCUUGGCAUGCAAUAACCUAAGCGCAGGCAACAUACUCCUCAAUGGAACCGGCCAGAUUUCGUUUCUAUUCCAAAUGGCGCAGCUCAUCGAUCCUGAUAUGCCCGGUAGUGCUGCAGCACGAUCAGGAUUUGAUGGCCUCCCUUACGAACUGGUCUUUUCGGACGAUUUCAAUACAGCCAACCGCACUUUUUGGCCUGGGGAUGAUCCCUUCUGGGAAGCCGCAAACAUCAAGUAUGGGAGUACCGGCGAUCAGGAGCGGUAUGGCCCCGCCCAGAUAACAACAAGCAAUAAAAUCGCAAAAAUCAAGCAAAAUAAAGACAAGUCAAUACGAGAUCCUGACCUUGGCCUGCGUGACCGAAAUCAAGCAACAACGCAGCAAUUAAAUAAGAAAAAUGAUACAAUAGCAAAAAUCAAGCAAAAAUCAAGCAAAAUGAAGUCAAAUACAAACAACAUUCUGACCUCCACCAACGCAUCGACCAAGACAAGCGCCACCCCAGCAAUGACUAGAAUCAAGCAAAGAUACAACAAGAUCCCGACCUAG